UUUAAGCGCUUGGCUAAAAGAGCGUUUGUGUGUUGGUAAACAUGACUUCAAAAAGGGAACACGAAGAUGUUGACGAAGAGGAUGAUGAAUGUAUUGGACCUAUGCCGGAUACAUCUUCUUUGAACAAGAAACAAAAAGUUCUGGAAUUUGAGAAGCUUUACCUGGAAAAUUUGCCUAACUCAGAGUCUUAUGAGAAGAGUUACAUGCACAAAGAUGUCGUCAAAUUUGUUGCCGUAACAAAGACAGACUUUAUACUCACAGCCAGUGCUGAUGGACAUUUGAAAUUUUGGAGGAAAACAGAGGAGGCUGGCAUAGAAUUUGUGAAACAUUUUAGAUGCCACCUAGGUUCUAUUGAGGACAUGAAAGUGAGCAACAAUGGAGAACUGGCCUGUACAGUCUCUGAUGAUAAAUCAUCUAAAGUGUUUGAUGUUGUUAACUUUGACAUGAUCAACAUGUACAAGUUAGAAUUUGUGCCUGGUUGUUGUGGCUGGAUCUACAACUCUGGUGAUGCCAUACCUGCUGUUGCAAUAGCUGAGAAAGAGACACCAAAAGUACAUAUAUAUGACGGAAGAGGCUCCAGCACACCACUACACGUUAUAGAAAAACUUCACUAUAAACCUGUUACACUGAUAAAGUAUAAUCCUGUAUGUGACCUUGUGCUAUCAUGUGAUAAAGGAGGUAUGUUGGAGGUGUGGACAGGACCAAAAGGUGAUUAUAAAUUCCCGAAAAACCUACAGUGGGAAUACAAGACAGACACAGAUUUGUAUGAUUUUGUCAAGUGCAAGUGUGUUCCAACAGAUUUGUGUUUUUCACCAGAUGGUAAAAAGUUUGCAAGUAUAUCUACUGACAGAAAGGUGCGAAUAUUCAAAGUGUUGACAGGCAAAAUGGUGAAAGUAUUAGAUGAAUCACUGCAAAAUAUCAUAGAUUUACAACAGAUGAAACAACAGUUGUCUAACAUGGAGUUUGGGAGAAGACUGGCUUUAGAGAAGGAGUUAGAAAAAGCAGACGCUUUUAAUCUCUGCAAUAUAUUAUUUGAUGAGACUGGGUAUUUCCUGUUAUAUGGAACCAUGCUAGGUGUGAAAGUUAUAAAUCUUCACACAAAUCGUUGUAUGAAGAUUUUGGGAAAGCCAGAAAACCCGAGAUUUCUACAGAUUGCUUUGUUCCAAGGGAGUGGUAAGAAAGCUAAAGCGGCAACAGAUGUUCCUACAGCUGCCUCCGAUAAUCCACUGCUGCAGACACAAGUUCUGGAUCCUAUAUUGUUCUGUACAGCUUACAAGAAAAAUAGGUUCUAUAUGUUUACCCGCCGGGAACCAUUUGACAAAAGCAGUGCUGAUGCAGACAGAGAUGUUUUCAAUGAGAAACCUUCAAAAGAGGAGCUUAUUUCAGCUACUCAGGACAUAUCAUACACCAGGGUAGCAGAUACCUGUGUGAUUUAUACAACAUUAGGAGAUAUCACAUGUAAAUUAUUCUCAAAAGAAUGCCCAAAGACAGUAGAGAAUUUCUGUGUUCACAGUAGAGAUGGUUACUACAAUGGUCAUAUUGUGCACAGAGUUAUAAAAGGUUUCAUGAUACAGACAGGGGACCCACUGGGUAAUGGUACGGGUGGAGAGUCAAUAUGGGGUGGUGAGUUUGAAGAUGAAUUCCAUCCAAAUCUGCGUCACGACAGACCGUACACAUUGAGCAUGGCAAAUGCUGGACCAAACACAAAUGGAUCUCAAUUCUUUAUCACAGUUGUUCCCACUCCAUGGUUGGACAACAAGCACACAGUGUUUGGGCGUGUCACCAGGGGGAUGGAAGUGGUACAGAGUAUUGCAAAUGUGAAAACAAACCCGAAAACAGACAAACCUCAUGAUGAUAUAUGUAUAGUAAACAUUGCUGUGAAAUGAAACCUGUUUUAUAUGUUGGAUAUGUGUGUGCAAUUCUACACAGUAACAGAAAAUGAUGUUAGAGGUUUUUUUCAUAGAUUAUGACAACAAUCACAACUAACAUCUGCGUGUACAUUAGAAAUAGCAACAUGGGAUUGCUUUCCUCCUUUGCAUUGCGGUUACAAAACAAGUGGAUUAAACGGUAUGUGUCAGUGAAGAAGAAACAAAAACAUGGAAGUUCCCUAAUGAAUGCCUGUAAUACUGUCAAAAGUAGAUUAUUAAUUUUGUCAGAAUCAAACAUAAUAUACAUCAUUAUAUCGAUCUCAGCUAGUUUUUCAAUAUCAUGGCGAAAAAUGUAUCUUUUAUAGGAAAGGCUCUAUUGGUAGUAUUUUGAAGAAAAUGAUCAGUUUGUAACAUAAACACACUGCUGUUCUGCUAUUAAACUAAGAUAUCCUGGAAGUUAUGUAAGAAUUGUAGAUCAAAUGGUGUCAGAAAUGGCCGAAAUUCACAACUGAAAAAAAACUGGUUUUUGAUGAAAAAUAUAAAAAAAAACUUAAUCAAUAUAUUGAGAAAAACUAAAAGUUGAAGAGAAAUGGCUGAAAGUGCUGUUACUGAACAGGUCAGUGAAACAUUACUAUUUUAUGACUGAUUAUUCAGGCACUGAACUAUAAUCAGACACCUAAUUAUCACUUACUCAUAAGGCAACCAACAGUUAUCAGACCUUCAAAUGUCAUAUGUUUGAUAAAGUUUUAAAACGUGUAAUAUAGGGAUAGACACUAAUUUGUAUUUCCUAGUGACCUGGAGGACAGUCAGUCAGCUUUUAAAACCUUGUUGUCUGCAUAAAAUUCAAGUGGUCCCACUUAUCCACAAAAUAUUUCAGUUCCUUUUAAAAACUAGAGCUGUCUGUAAGAAAGCCAAUGCUCGACUAUUCGAAUUGUUGUCCCUGAAGGAAUAUUACCCUAAAUGUUAAAAUACCUGUUUCAAUCCAAUAUCUACAUUAGUUUUAGAGAUAGAAACUUACAUGCACAAUUUUAACCAGGAUUUUCUAAGUCCAAAAGGGGGCAUAAUUUGGCCAAAAUACACGUCACAUUACAUCUUUGACUGCAGGCUUCAUAAGUUAAGAAUGAAAACUUCUGAAUUUUUAGUGCAUUGAGAGUUCAAUGAUCCCCUUGAAAGUCUUCUGUUGGUCCCCCGGAAAAUUACUGUCAGUGGGUAAGAGGACAACUGUUGGUGUUUAUCUCUGUUUAAAAGAAACCUUAAUGUAAGACACUGAUCAUGUAUUGUUUUGUUUUUUCCAAAAUAGUUUUAAAAUUUGUAUAUAAUGUAACAGAGUCAAAAUCCAUGAAUAAAAUAAGAAACUAGA